GGGAGGGGGCUCGGCCCCGUCACUUCAGCUACAAAUGUAACAAAUGUAACUGGUGCUGCAGCCUCGGGUGCAGCAGGGAGGGGAGCUCCGGGCUCUGGAUCCCCAGCUGCACGGCUCGGUCUGAGAUCUCCGGACACACGGCACUGAGGGCUGUUAUCACCAAUGGGCCUCACUGAAGGGAUUCUCAGGAGAAACUGGCACCUCCUGACUCUGAAUGUAAACCUGGCGGUGGGAAUGUCCCUGCAAAUUCAGAGAUUUCUCUGUUCAUCUGAACACAGACUGGGACGCUGGCACAGAGCUGGGCUCCCUUUGUGACAGACCAAGCUACGAUGACGGGGAAGGUUCCCUCGUUCUCCCCCGGCUCCACAAUGAGCUCCGCUUUGCCCAGCUACGUCGCUCUCUGCCUCGCUCUACAGGUUCACAGGCUGGCGUCAGCACAUUUCACAGUGGCUGGACCUGACCAUCCAGUCACUGCCUCUCUAGGUGGGGAGGCCGUCCUGCCCUGCCACCUCUCCCCCAGGAUGAGCGCUGAGAACAUGGAGCUGAGAUGGUUCCGAUCCGAGUUCUCUGCAGUCGUGCACCUGUACCGUGAUGGGCAGGAUCAGUACGGUGAGCAGAUGUUAGAAUAUCGAGGAAGAACUGAGCUCUUGAAAGACGACAUCACCAAUGGGAGUGUUUCCCUGAGAAUACGCGAUAUCCGACCCUCUGACGAUGGGCAGUACAAGUGUCGUUUUCAGUCCACUGUCACUUAUGAAGAAGCUUUUUUGGAACUGCAGGUGGCAGGUUUGGGCUCUGAUCCUGUCAUCUCUGUGGAGGGACAUCAGGAUGGAGGGAUCCGGGUUGUGUGUCGAUCAGCCGGAUGGUACCCAGAACCCGAGGCUCAGUGGAGAGAUCUCCAGGGGCAGCUCUUACCAUCAGACACUGAAAACAUAUCCCCAGAGGCCAAUGGCCUGUUUCAAACAGAGAUUGCUAUUGUUAUAACAGAAGAAUCCAACCAGAAAGUGUCCUGCUGUGUCAGGAACCUUCUUCUCAACCAGGAGAGAGAGUCAGCGAUUUCCAUAGCAGAGCUGUUUUUCCCACGAGACAAUCGCUGGCGGGUGGCUCUGGGGGUGAUCCUGGCUGUCCUGGCUGUUCUCAUUCCCCUGGCCAGUUACUGCGUCUGGAGGCAGCACAGAGCAAAAGCGGCGCAUCAGGCAGAGAAAGACAAACUCCAGGCUGAGCUCGGGUGGAGAAGCGCCCAGCUCUACGCAGUGGACGUGACUCUGGAUCCAGACACGGCAAAUCCCAAACUCGUCCUGUCUGAGGAUCGGAAACGUGUGAGAUGUGGAGACAAACGCCAGGAUCUGCCUGACAAUCCUGAGAGAUUUGAUCCUUGUCCCGCUGUCCUGGGCGCUGAGGGGUUUGCGGGCGGGAGGCGUUACUGGGAGGUGGAGGUGGGAGACAAGACGAGAUGGGAUCUGGGUGUUUGUAGGGAAUCUGUGAGCAGGAAGGGAUGGGUCACAGCCACACCUGAGGAUGGAUACUGGGUUGUGUGGCUGAGAGAGGGGGAAUACAAGGCUCUCACCUACCCAUGGACCCCCCUCCGUGUGAGAGUCAGGCCCAGCCGGGUGGGGAUUUUCCUGGACUAUAAGGCGGGCGAGGUCUCAUUUUACAAUGUGACUGACAGGUCCCAUCUCUUCACUUUCACUGACACCUUCUCUGGGACACUCCACCCUUAUUUCUAUCCUGGUGUCAACACUCGGGGUACAAAUGCAUCUCCCCUGAUAAUCUGCCCGGUCCCAGCUGAGGCCGGAGGGAAUCUCUGUCCCUGA